UGUUGGUGAGACCGGUCUGCGAGCAGUCGGGAGUAGAGAGGGUGAGAGGAGAAGGAGAGGGCAGGACAAAAGAGUCCCAUAAGGAGAACCUGAGCCGCGGAGGGCAAAAUGGCAAAAGCUGCCGUCCUCACUACUGUGCUGUGCCUGUCUGCGCUUUCCUUGGGUCACCCUGGGAAUGGAAGCCUGGAAAAUGACAUGAGAAUCGGGAGUCCAGACCGUGGAAGGCUUGCUCAGGGUGAAGGGGCCCAGCCCUUACCCAGCGCUGAGGAAAAGGCAACUCAGGAGACUGUCAGAGGUGAUGGAGACAGCGAGGAACCAGACCCAAAUCCUGCCUCAGACUUUGAGAACAGCUACAAUUACAUCUUAUCCAGACUGGCUGCCAUGGACCAGGCUAUCCACAGGUUGAACGUGGGACACUACACCCUGGACGUGAAGAUGUCGCAGCUGCUUGACAAGGUUACCCGGCUGGAUGGCAGAAUCGGAGAGGUUGAGGACACCGUGCAUCAGGUGUCCCUCCUCAGCAAGGAGAAUCGCAAGGAGGUGGGACGCCUGGAAGGUUGUCAGAAGGGCCGAAGGAUAGGGCAGAAGUGUUUCCUGGUCUACCGCACGUAUGAGUCAUAUGCCGGGGCGUCGAAGCUGUGCCAGGAGCGCGGGGGCAGGAUGGCCAUGCCGCGGGACAGGAGGGAGCAGGAAGCGCUGGCCGACUACGCCAAAACCUUCUUCCACCCGGGGAACUGGCCGGUGUGGCUGGGCAUCAACGACCAGCGCUCCGAAGGGCUCUACCUGUUCGAUGACGGCACGCGCGUCUCCUACUUCCAGUGGCGCAAGCACUACCUGUCCAGCCAGCCGGACGGAGGAAAGCGGGAGAACUGUGUGGCCAUGUCCUCGGAUGACGGGGACUGGUGGGACAACUACUGCGACAGGCCCAUGUACUACCUCUGUGAGUUUGACGUCUGACCUCCUCUCCUCUGAAACUCCCACCUGACAAGUCAAUUUCCUGUAUUGAAAUAAUUAAAGUCUACUAAACAAAAACAACCAUCAAUCAGCAAAGCUUGACGACAGUUGUAUAAACUGAUUUUCUUUUUGUAAAAAGUAAGAUUCACAACUUGUAUGUAUACAAAUAUGUUCAUGAAAAUUUGUUAUAAAAAACCAUUCAAUUGUUAGAGAAUGCUAGUUGUGGAGCACAGUUAAGUGAUAAAUUAUAACAGAAUACGUGUGAUGGAAAAAUGUUGACGAGUUAAUUCAGGUAAUGUUUAUGAACUAAAUGAAUUUCAGUUUAUGUAUAAAAACAUACUGAAAGUCCCUUUCUUGGGCAUGAGGUGUCAUAAGUUAUACUGAUAAAAUAAUAAUCUAACAGCCAGAGCCAAUUUAUUCAUGAAUAUCCUUUCUUCACAAAAAUCCAAUUAUUUUUCUUAUGUUUUGUAAACAGUACAAUUGCAAAUAAGCUGUGGACUUUCUGCAUAUUGUAUUAUGAUCACAGUAUAAAUGUGCAAAAUCUUUCAAGCCAAUUUUAAAGUAGUGUUACUACAGGAAAAACAUUAUGCACAUUUAAUGAUCACAAGCUAGUUUGUUCACCUGCAGUAAAAUGCUGCAAAACCUGAUUUGUCUGAUGACAUCACUGAUUUUUCUACUGAUUGAAUAAAAGAACAAAUAAACACCACACUUCAA